AUGAAGAGUGUGGGAAGAGGAGGGGAGGGGGAGGAGGAGGAGGGAGGGAGGAGGGAGGGGGGAGGGGGGAGGAGGAGGAGGGGGGGGGGGGGGGGUUGUUUUGGUGCAGACGGAGAUGCUAAACGGAAAACAGCGGCGCGAACGUUAGCCGGCUGUGUUAGCGCACAUUCGUCAGAGUGUGUGGGGUCAGAGAGGUGUAGGGUCAGAGAGUGUGUGGGGUCAGAGAGGUGUGGGGUCAGAGAGUUUGUGGGGUCAGAGAGGUGUGGGAGAGGUGUGGGGUCAGAGAGGUGUGGGGUCAGAGAGUGUGUGGGGUCAGAGAGGUGUGGGGUCAGAGAGUGUGGGGUCAGAGAGGUGUGGGGUCAGAGAGGUGUGGGGUCAGAGAGUGUGUGGGGUCAGAGAGUGUGUGGGGUCAGAGAGUGUGUGGGGUCAGAGAGGUGUGGGGUCAGAGAGUGUGUGGGGUCAGAGAGGUGUGGGGUCAGAGAGGUGUGGGGUCAGAGAGGUGUAGGGUCAGAGAGGUGUAGGGUCAGAGAGGUGUGGGGUCAGAGAGGUGUGGGGUCAGAGAGGUGUGGGGUCAGAGAGGUGUGGGGUCAGAGAGGUGUGGGGUCAGAGAGGUGUGGGGUCAGAGAGUGUGUGGGGUCAGAGAGGUGUAGGGUCAGAGAGGUGUGGGGUCAGAGAGGUGUGGGGUCAGAGAGGUGUGGGGUCAGAGAGGUGUGGGGUCAGAGAGGUGUGGGGUCAGAGAGUGUGUGGGGUCAGAGAGGUGUGGGGUCAGAGAGAGAGGUGUGGGGUCAGAGAGGUGUGGGGUCAGAGAGGUGUAGGGUCAGAGAGGUGUGGGGUCAGAGAGGUGUGGGGUCAGAGAGGUGUGGGGUCAGAGAGGUGUGGGGUCAGAGAGGUGUGGGGUCAGAGAGUGUGUGGGGUCAGAGAGGUGUGGGGUCAGAGAGGUGUGGGGUCAGAGAGGUGUGGGGUCAGAGAGGUGUAGGGUCAGAGAGGUGUAGGGUCAGAGAGGUGUGGGGUCAGAGAGUGUGUGGGGUCAGAGAGGUGUGGGGUCAGAGAGGUGUGGGGUCAGAGAGUGUGUGGGGUCAGAGAGGUGUGGGGUCAGAGAGGUGUGGGGUCAGAGAGGUGUGGGGUCAGAGAGGUGUGGGGUCAGAGAGGUGUGGGGUCAGAGAGGUGUGGGGUCAGAGAGGUGUGGGGUCAGAGAGGUGUGGGGUCAGAGAGGUGUAG